CAUCCGUAUACCAAAGUUGUAAUUUUCAAGUUCAUUUAUUUUGUAGAGAGUCAAAUCGUUUGGUUGGUGGGCUCCUCAAUAUUAAAGUGGGCACAAACAGAAGCUCUACUUAGACCUGGUGGUUGCGGUUUGAAUCUCGGUAGGGUAAAUAUAUCUUUAUGGUGGCAGGGUUACAGCGGUCUAGCUCUUAUGCAGGUCGUCAAUAAAUUAAAAUACUUAAGUAGAUUUGGUCCGCAGCCAAGCGACAUUCUACUACAUUGCGGUGGGAAUUAUUUAGGCCGUACAUCCGUAAGAAAAUUGAGGUUACAGACUAAAAAAGUUACAAAAUUUAUAAAAACAAAUUUUCACAAUGCUAGGAUUAUAUGGUCUUGCGUUCUACCGCGCAUUGAAUGGAAAUAUUCCCACAAUAGGGCCAAAAUGGAGGAAGCACGCCGGCGCCUUAAUUCGUUUGCAAGCGCUUUAAUCAAGUCGGAAGGGGGGGGGGGGGCUGUCAUUUCAUAUCCAGAUAUCAAACCACAACACACAUUUUUACACAGUGAUGGGGUUCAUCUAUCCAAACUAGGGAAUUCCAUUCUAUUAAACACACUACAAGGGGGCCUAGAAGCUAUACUAUGCCACAAUGUUGUAUACUUUCCGCAGUAGUCCUUAUGGGUACGGCUUUAUUAUAGAAAAGUGCCGCUCCUCCCCCACCUCCAGUAUGGCGGAGUUUCCUGCCAUGAUUGCCAGUACUGCCAUUCAAGGUAGGAAACUUGUGGCGCUUACGAGCGGCACUGUCAGAACUUAUGAUGAAAUGUGAAAAUCUACAAGUCCUUGAC